AGGUGUGGCAGCUAGCUGCAGUAUGAACUCCCGGAUCUCUGUAGCAAAUGCUACUAGAUCAGAGCUGCUGCGAUCUGGCUUGGUAUGCCAUUGCUUGGUAACAACAGAUGGCUGUGGGUGGUCCUCUUGCUCUCCACCAACCUCCUCACUGGUCUCUUUGUCUUCAUCAAUCUGAAGGACACUGGUGAUCCUGAUAGAUAUGACAGCAAUUACCACCAAUUUAAUGUGUACAGUAGCCAUCAAAACAGCAGGAGAAUAUCACCACGACACACCAUUAUUGAAUCACCUAUUACUGUACAAAGACGAACACAAUCUCAACUGAAGUUGAAGAAGCUGCUGGGAAGAUUCGGACUUUUGCUAGCAAAUUCCUCAGCGACUUCAGUGUAUGCAAACUGCUCAAUAGCCUCCGAACGGAAUAGUUGCGAGGUGGCCAGUGUACGAACUAUGAUGAACUUUGACCUGGACUCUUCAAGCGCCUGUUGGACUAUGUCACACACUAAUUUGACUAUCACGGGACAAUGUUCACACAGCACAGAGUCUUCGACCACCACUAGCCAACCGAGCGUGCGGAGUAUAUUUGCCAUCACACCAACUUAUGCACGCUACACUCAAAAAGUUGACCUCACUUCUCUGUGUCAGAUGGCGAUGCACGUGCAGAACUUAGUGUGGAUUAUCGUGGAGGAUUCUAGCGAGAAGACGGAUCUAGUUGCAGACCUACUGGACCGAUGCAAAGUCACGAGUGUUCACUUGAAUGUACGCACACCACCCUCCUAUAGACCACGCCCAGGUGCCGAUAGAUACAAGGAGAUGUACUCUCGAGGGGUUAAACAGAGGAACUUGGGGUUGGGCUGGAUCAGGAAACAUUGCUCAAUAGUGAAGAACUGCACGGGAGCUGUGUACUUUAUGGAUGAUGACAACAAGUAUGACCUGAGGCUGUUCGAAGAGAUAAGGAAGACGGAGAAUGUGUCGGUGUUCCCUGUUGGUUUCAGUGGGGGACUCAAGGUGGAGGGGCCCACGUGUAACAAGGAGAGACGGGCAGUCUCAUGGCAUGCUGAAUGGGGACCUGACAGGCCUUUCCCUAUAGACAUGGCUGGGUUUGCCAUCCAAGUGACGGUCCUCCUCUCCAAGCCGGAUGUGUGGGUGGGAUUUGACGAGUUAGGGGAGCCCACUCAGCGAGGUUAUCUUGAGACUAGCUUCCUGGAAAAGUUUACCAGUAGAGACGCAGUCGAGUGUAGGGGAAACGACAGAGAGGUCCUGGUGUGGCAUGUGAAGACACAGAAACCCUGGAUCUUAUAUGAAGUCAACAACCCAACUGAUGACCAUUUUGAAGUCUGAUAAACAGUGAUUAUUUUUUCUACAUCUAUUAUCAUUAUACUGUGUGUUAUUAAUUUAUUUUUUCACUUCCAUUUUUUGUCACAUGUAAAUUUUGCAAUAAUUAACGAUUCAUAAAAAUCGAGGAAAGUAAACACAUUAUGAAAUAGCACAUAAUACU